UCUCAACAUCUCACAUCCAUACAGAUCCAGACAGAGAAACAGAAACACAGAGCUUUGAAGUGGACAUUCUGACUUCACCUGAUUGGAAAAGGCAUCACUGAGACAUCACCAUGUCAGAUGACCUAAAUAUCACCCCCACGACGUAUGAUUAUUCAUCCUACUAUGAUGACAAUUCAAGCGUCUCUCCUUGCGACUUGACUGGUAUGCAGGACUUCAGCAUGGUGUAUCUGGCCAGUCUGUACAGUUUGGUUUUCAUCCUGGGCUUCAUAGGUAACGGCCUUGUGGUGUGUGUCCUGGUGAAGCACCGCAACCAGACCAACUUGACAGACCUCUGCCUCUUCAACCUGGCUCUCUCUGACCUCCUCUUCGUCUUCAUGCUGCCUUUCUACGCUCACCAGGCUGUGGUCAAAGAGUGGGUCUUUGGAGACUUUAUGUGCCAUUUCACCUCUGGCUCCCACACCUUCGGCUUCUUCAGCAGCAUCUUCUUCAUGGUUUUGAUGACACUGGACCGCUACGUGGCCAUCAUGCACACUCACAAGGCGGCAAAAUAUCGCACGAUGCGGGCAGGCCUGGCUCUGACCGUGUUUGUUUGGAUUCUGAGCUUGUGUGUCUCUAUGCCUGCGUUUAUCUUCACAAAGGUAACAAAUGAGUCUCACGGGUAUGGAUGUUUCUACCCCCCAGAAAACGAGGACUGGAAACAUUAUGAGCUGUUCACAACAAGUGUAUUGGGUCUCGUGAUUCCCUUGUUGGUGAUGGUAGUUUGCUACUCCAGGAUCAUCCCCACGCUGGUGAACAUGAAGACUACAAAGAGACACCGCAUUGUCAAGCUGAUCAUCACCAUCGUGAUUGUCUUCUUCGUGUUCUGGGCCCCAUUUUACAUUUCCUGUUUCUUGAGCUUUCUGCAGUCUAAAGAUGCAAGUAGUUGCACCUGGGACAAAAAUCUAAGACUGGCAAUAAUAGUGACUGAGGCCUUCGCUUACACUCACUGCUGCCUGAACCCCAUCAUUUACGCCUUUGUGGGGCAGAAGUUCAUGAAACGAGCCUUGCAGAUGAUGAGAAAGUGCAUACCUCAUCUAAGCAGAGAUUUCCCAGAAAGCUCAUUCAGGAGAAGCUCAAUGGUAUCUAAGUCCUCUGAUAUCACCUCAACCCUUGUCAUGUAGACAAGUUGGGUGGGUGAAAUAUGUUUUAUGAACAUCGCCUGCAGAGCAUUGUUCACUUUACAAGGAUUUUCUGUUUGUCUUUCUUUCACCUAUGGCACUUGUAUUAAUCAGUGUUUUUAGUAGCUGCCUUAUGUACAUGGCCGUUCAUUAUUUAAAAAAAAUAAAUCAAGAUAGACCUAAUAGCACCAUCAUCUACACCGUCCAUAAAUGGUAUUCACCCUCCUUGGAAGUUUUUCGCUUGAAAUGUUUUUUGUGUUGAAUGAUGAUCAGUAUAAUUUGACUAUAUGAAAAAAUAACUGGCAAAAAAAAAAAAGACAAUUGUGUUUAAGCCAAAACAGAUUUCUACAAAGUAAUGUUAAUUCAUUCAAAAUA